AUGGCCCGUCCCAGCCAGUUCCAGACUCUCACCAUAUUCUUCACCCACAUCCACAACGGACUCACCAGCAGCGAUAAACCCUUCAUCUCGGAAGAAUCUUCUCAACAAGACAAUGCGAACAUCGAUACAGCAAAAUCGAAUGAAAGUUUCUCGAAAAAAGACCGGUCGCAAGCAUUUUCACGUCGCCACGAACUCGAUCUCUCAGUCGGAGAAAAGCUCAAUUGUACACCCCCACGACCGACUAUAGCCUUCCCCCCGAAAUGUUUCAACCUGGUCGAGUAUACCGACAGGUCACUGGAGUUCUGGAACAAAAUCGAUCGCGAUGAGCAGCGUUGA